AUGAAUACAGAUUUAUUCGGUAAUACUUUUUUAAGAUUGUAUGAUACAACAGUGAACCAGUUUUUGAAUAAUAGACUUGUGCAAGCAAUGCAAUUUGGACAACCGCUAGUUUUGGAUUGUUCAUACACUGAGCACAUGACACAUCGAGUGAAUACAGCGAAACAGCUUAUGUUGUUAUUUGCUGCAAAUAGAGCACACGUUUCUUUUGAUUUACACUAUUGUAAUGUUAAUAGGCAAGACCCGACCAUAAAACACUCAAAAAAUUUAUACUGAGAAAAAAAAUUAAGAACAAUGGAUGAGCCUUGGUUCCCAUUAAAUAUUCAUGAAGAUAGUUACUUAAACCAUUUUCCUAAGGAAAGAUUAGUUUAUUUGACACCACAUUGCCGAAAUAAUUUAGAAGAGUUCAAUCACGAUGAUGUUUAUAUCAUUGGAGCUAUGGUAGAUAAGACGAAUACUGAACCCCUCUCAUUAGCAAAAGCUAAACAGCAAGGCCUAAGGAUGGCCCGUUUUCCAUUAGAUAAAUAUUUAGCUUGGAGUAAGAGUUCAAAAAGUUUAACAUUAAACCAAGUAUGUUCAAUAUUAUUAGAUGUCAGAAGUACUAGUGAUUGGGCACAAUCUUUAAAACAUGUUCCAACUAGAAAGAUUAUGUCAGAUGAAGAGUUAUCACAAUACAAAGGAAAGAGAAGAUUUGAGCGUAAAUCUCCAUUCUUAAUAGACCAAAAAUCACAAAAUGGAUUUGAAUCAUUUAGUGAAGGUUUCAAAAACUUAGAUAAUUACGAGAAUUUUACUAAUGAUUUAGAAAUGAAAAAAUAUAAAAAAAUCAAUAAUAGAGACUUUAGGAAUAAUAGCCAUAAUUACAACAAAGAUAUAGUAUCACAGAGA